CAAGUAGCCAAUUGAAAAUGUAUGAACAAUUCAACACAAACAUUUAUAUAUAUUAUAGAGAGAGAACUUUUGCAUGUGGCUGAAACUUGAAUAUUUGUGAUUCCUAUAUCUAUUUAUUUGACUUUCAAGUUUGAACUCCAUCUUCAUCAAGGUUGUGUUGUGCUUCAACAAUGGCUACUACUGCUACUGGGGUACUGCCACCUUCAUUUCCUUCUCUAAAGACUAAGGAUGAUCAUUCAGGUUUGGGGUCUGUGAAAAGUUUGGAUUUUGUUAGAGUUUCUGAUUUGAAGAGAAUGAAAUCUAGAAGAACAAAGAUCUCAGUUAUAAGGAACUCAUCAAGUAGUGGCCAAGAUAUUGUUGAUCUUCAGCAAUCAUCACAAGGAAGCCCUCUUUUAGUUCCUAGGCAAAGGUAUUGUGAGUCAUUGCAUAAUACUGUGAGGAGGAAAACAAGGACAGUGAUGGUUGGCAAUGUGGCUCUUGGAAGUGAGCACCCCAUAAGAAUUCAGACCAUGACUACAACAGACACUAAGGAUGUUUCUGGAACUGUUCAACAGGUGAUGAAAAUAGCAGAUAAAGGAGCUGAUCUUGUGAGGAUAACGGUUCAGGGGAAGAAAGAAGCUGAUGCAUGUUUUGAGAUUAAGAAUUCCCUUGUGCAGAAAAACUACAACAUACCUUUGGUUGCUGAUAUUCAUUUUGCCCCUUCUAUUGCUCUUCGUGUUGCCGAAUGCUUUGACAAGAUUCGCGUCAACCCUGGAAAUUUUGCUGAUAGAAGGGCCCAAUUUGAGAAACUAAUAUACACUGAAGAAGACUAUCAGAAAGAGCUUGAGCAUAUAGAACAGGUUUUCACACCAUUGGUUGAGAAAUGUAAGAAAUAUGGGAGAGCAUUGCGGAUUGGGACGAACCAUGGUAGUCUCUCGGAUCGUAUAAUGAGCUACUAUGGAGAUUCUCCAAGGGGAAUGGUUGAAUCUGCUUUUGAGUUUGCGAGAAUAUGCCGAAAGUUGGACUUCCACAUUGUUUUUUCUAUGAAAGCAAGCAAUCCGGUUGUCAUGGUCCAAGCAUACCGUUUACUUGUAUCUGAAAUGUAUGCCCAAGGCUGGGAUUAUCCGUUACACUUGGGAGUUACUGAAGCUGGUGAAGGCGAGGAUGGAAGGAUGAAAUCUGCAAUUGGCAUUGGAACUCUCCUUCAGGAUGGAUUGGGGGAUACGAUUCGAGUUUCUCUCACAGAACCACCAGAGGAGGAGAUAGAUCCAUGUAGAAGGUUGGCCAACCUUGGUAUGGAAGCAUCUAAACUCCAGAGUGGAGUGGAACCUUUUGAAGAAAAGCAUAGACAUUAUUUCGACUUUCAGCGGCGAUCGGGACAAUUGCCAGUUCAAAAAGAGGGAGAAGAGGUAGAUUAUAGAGGUGCCUUGCACCGGGAUGGUUCUGUUCUCAUGUCAGUCUCCUUGGAUCAAUUGAAGGUCCCAGAGAAACUCUACAAGUCACUUGCCGCAAAACUUGUUGUUGGCAUGCCAUUUAAGGAUCUGGCAACAGUUGAUUCAAUCCUUUUGCGACAACUUCCUCCUAUUGAUGACCAUAAUGCUCGGCUAGCUCUCAAAAGACUGAUAGAUAUAAGUAUGGGGGUUAUAACUCCUCUGUCAGAGCAGCUGGUAAAGCCAUUGCCCAAUGCUAUGGUUCUUGUAAACCUUAAGCAACUGUCUAUUGGUGCUCACAAGCUUUUGCCACCAGGCACACGCUUUGUUGUGUCGGUACGUGGUGAUGAGCCGUUUGAAGAACUUGAAAUUCUAAAAGGUGUUGAUCCUACGAUGCUUCUUCAUGAUCUACCUCAUGUGGAGGACAAAGUUAGCAGAGUGCACGCAGCGCGGAGGUUAUUUGAAUAUUUAGCAGACAAUUCUCUGAAUUUCCCUGUCAUUCACCACAUUCAGUUUGAAAAUGGGAUUAACAGGGAUGACUUAGUGAUUGGUGCCGGUGCUAAUGCCGGAGCACUUCUGGUCGAUGGGCUUGGUGAUGGACUCCUUUUAGAAGCUCCAGACAAGGAUUUCGACUUCCUUAGAGACACAUCUUUCAAUUUACUACAAGGCUGCAGAAUGAGAAACACAAAAACAGAGUAUGUAUCAUGCCCAUCAUGUGGCAGAACUUUGUUUGAUCUUCAAGAAAUAAGUGCAGAAAUUCGGGAGAAGACAUCACACUUGCCGGGUGUUUCGAUUGCAAUCAUGGGUUGUAUUGUAAAUGGACCGGGGGAGAUGGCUGAUGCAGACUUCGGUUACGUCGGAGGUGUUCCCGGAAAGAUUGAUCUCUAUGUUGGGAAGACUGUGGUUAAGCGUGGAAUUGCAAUGGAGCAUGCAACCAAUGCCUUGAUUGAGCUCAUAAAAGAGAAUGGUCGUUGGGUAGACCCUCCAACAGAGGAUUGAAACUGUUUUUUCAUUGAUUAAUAAUCACUUUUCAUGCAUUGUUGCAUAGGUAAUGUAAGCAUCAAAGUUUUUGUCAUAAAAUAGAUUCAUUCUUUCCCCCCUUAUAAAAAGUUGGCACUUGGGAAUUGGGAGGAUCAGAAAUAAGGAAUAAAGCACAGCCACCCGAAAUAAAGAUUGGGAUGGGAUACCCUGUAACUGCAUUGUUAUGCAUAUAUAUAUAUACCUACCAUAGAAUAAAGUAAUUAUUAUUAUUCAUUAA